UGGUUUCCAACCCUCCCUUCAACUUCUGGGGUUAUAAAAGGAGGGGGCAAGGGAGGGGGUGACAGACAGACUCAGCUAACCAUGGGCAGUGUCUCCAGGAAAAUGCAGGUCCUGCUCCUUUUGUGGCUCUUUCUCUUCCCCCCUGAAGCCAGAGCUGGGGAAAUUAUCAACGGUGUUGAGUCUAAGCCACACUCCCGCCCCUACAUGGCCCAUCUGGAGAUCACCACAGAAGAGGGCUAUGUUGGCAGCUGUGGGGGGUUUCUUGUAAGUCCAAAAUAUGUGAUGACAGCUGCUCACUGUUCAGGAAGGCAAAUCACUGUCACUCUUGGAGUUCAUGAUAUAACACAGGAAGAAUCCACAUGGCAGAAGCUGGAAGUCGCUGAACAGAUUGUUCACCCAAGAUACAACCCUUUCACCAACCUCAAUGACAUCAUGUUACUAAAGCUACAAAGGAAAGCCGAGAUGACCCGUGCCGUGGGGACAGUGCCCCUGCCCACCCGAUCAACCUUUGUCCCCCCUGGAAGAAUGUGCUGGGUGGCUGGCUGGGGGCAAACAGGAGUGACAAAGCCAGUGUCAGACGCUCUGAGGGAGGUGAAGCUCAGACUCAUGGAGGCCAAGGCCUGCAAACGCUAUCUUUUUUACAAUCACAACCUCCAAAUCUGUGUGGGCAGCCCCCGGAUAAGAAGAUCAGCAUAUAAGGGUGACUCUGGGGGUCCCCUCCUGUGUGCUGGAGUGGCCCAAGGCAUUGUGUCUUAUGGCCGAGGGGAUGCAAAGCCCCCUGCUGUCUUCACUCGAAUCUCUCCCUAUGUGUCCUGGAUCCACAAAGUCCUGAAGCGCUAGUAGGCACAGAAGCCCAAGCAGCACAAGGAAGAUGAUCUCCAACACCAGCGCAUUCCCCCACAGCCCUGAGGCCCCACAGAAGCCUGGCCUUAGCCUGAGGCGCUCAGAGGCCCUCCUGGUUGUAUUCACUCCCACCUCCCCCCAUACCCCCCCCCCCAACGCCAAUAAAAACGCGGUCUCCA